GACAUUGGACAUUCGACAUUCAGUGGAAGAAAUGGAUAUCAAAUGUUUACUGUUAGAUAUUGAGGGAACCACAACAAGCAUCAGUUUUGUCAAAGAUGAGCUGUUUCCAUAUAUAAGAAGAAAACUUGAAAGCUAUUUGGAGUCUAACUGGGAUUCACUAGAAGUGCAAGAUGAUGUUGAAUCAUUGAGGAAACAGGCAACAGAAGAUGCAACUAAGAUGGGUGGGGUGCCUGAAAUUGCCAGUUCUCUUGAAACACCCACCUUAAUACUGAGUUCUGUAAUUACUAACAUCAACUGGAAUAUGGAUCAAGAUAGAAAGAUGACAGCUUUAAAACAAUUGCAAGGCCACAUGUGGAGAGAAGGAUAUUCAUCUGGAGAAAUUCAGGGCCAUUUGUACGAGGACGUUGAAGGAGCGCUGAAGCUAUGGACAUCUAGCGGCCAAAAAGUGUACAUUUAUUCAUCUGGGAGCGUCGAAGCGCAGAAACUUUUGUUCCAGCACUCUGUUGCUGGAAAUUUGCUCCAGUACUUCUCCGGUCAUUUUGAUACGAAAAUCGGUGUGAAAAUCGAGUCAGCCAGUUAUCAGGAGAUUUCUAAAUCGAUUGGAGUUGCACCAGAUAAGAUUUUAUUUCUUACCGACCUUCCAGCAGAAGCGAUUGCAGCCAACGAAGCCGGUGUCCAGGUUAAACUGCUGGUCCGGCCAGGUAACGCUCCAUUAAAUGAAGAAAUUCUCCAACGUUUCGGCAUUUGCCACAAUUUUAAAGAAAUCCAACUCAAAUAAACAAUAAGGCCGGU